CAAUUGACGGUCGAAUGUGUCGGCCCGGUUAUCACGCGAGGGAUAUUUGAUAUCGAGUUGUGACUUAAAAUGCCUGUAUAUCUCGGGUACAGAUGGUAGUUUAUAGUGUUAAAAGUGCAUUGUGAUUGUAGUCUACGGCUAUGUGUUAGUGGCUCCCAACAGAACCAGGAGAAGUCGAUAUAUGGAUAUAUAAUUCAUUGUUUUCUGCUUUUUCAGGGUUAACUUGUGUUUUUCAUGAACUGACUUCUGUUCUAUGAACCAAAAAUAUAAGAAUGAGUCAGUUUGUGUGCACCCCUAAUACGGAUUAAUUGGGAGGAGAUAUAUAGUGGACUAUAUAGACAACAAACGUUAACUAUCCUGCAGACAUCAGCAAAGGGUGUACUUUGAGCUAGGGCGAUACAACGGUAUGGGGAACGAACCCUCCAAGCGGCCAUCGUCGAAGACGGGGAUUCACGAUACACAUUCCAGCAACGGUCAACAUGUCCACAGGAAAUCACAUGACGAGUCAACGGAACUUUCUGGUAUCCAUGGUGACCAUGAAGAUUUGGGGAAAAUAGAUAUCCUACAAUCAGACACAGAAAACACAUCAGCGACGGUUAAAACAUUAUUACAAGUUGCUAAUGACCUCCACGUUACGGACAAUGUCAGUAGUAUUACAGCAAGCGAGGUCGUGGACAACUCGGUAUUAAAGCUACAGGAUAAUGAGGUUUCUAGUAGUGCAAUUACGGACGAUGUCAAAGAGUCGUCAACGGACGGUCAGACAGACACACAUGCGUCCCCUAGUGGGGAAGUCGUCGAUCACACCGACACACCAUCAACAACUUCGCGAAAAGACACACCGACAACCCCAGGAAAGGAUGAUAGUGGUGUAGAAAGCUCUAGUGACAUUGUGCAAGUCAGUGGGUCUGGAGGUGGAUCCAAAGAUUCCAGCACUAAAUCGAAGGCCAAUAAAAAAUCUAAGAAAUCUGACAAUAGUAAGAAAGCAAAUAAAUCAAAAGAACUUAACAUUGAAGAAUCUAUCAAUGAUGAAGUGAUUUCAUUAAAAAAGGAUAAGAAAAAGAAACCAAAGAAGAAAAUUUCUAAACAAAAUAGCACCGUAAGUGACGUAGGUAUGACGUCAACGGUAUCGAUGUCAUCUGGUCUUAACGUCAGUGGUGUUAGCUCUGACGCUGGACGCGGUACACUCGAACGUUCUGUCAGUUCCAUAGAGCCAGGUUUCGUGGUGGUGAAUUCAAAGGAAAACAAAAAUCCCCGGCGUCCCCUCAGUAAGUCGUUCAGUGACAUUGAACAGCAAAAGGAAAAGAAGAAGAAAAAGAAAACGGACAAGAAAAAGUCAAGUACAAUUGCUCCGAUACCCGUGCCGGUUGAAAAUACAAAUAAAGAAAAACGGAGAAGUAUUUUCGAGGAGGACUUUACGGUGGAACUUGGUCUCGGAGAAGAUAAUUUGGACGUUGUAUCACUGUCUUCCCUGUCUUCCGUUGAAGGAAAUGUCGAGGUGGAAAAUGACGACAGGAAAGACACACAAGAGACGGUUGAUCAACAGGACCAACGCGAGGAAAUCGUCAAAUCUCGGAACGUGUCGGAGUACAACCUUACUUUUAAUGAUGCAUCCAUUGAAGAAGAUGAAUCAGCUGAAAGUGUAGAAAAUCGGGUCGUGUACGAAAGAAAAAUUACUAUCAUUACUCACGAACCGGUUUUAUCAGAAAAGAACAAUAUCGAGACAGGCGAACCGAAUAAUAAUUAUGAAGUCGAAACAAAAGACGAAAUAACUCACAAAGAUAGUAAAACAGACGCUUUAAAUCAAAUCAGCAUCAAUUACAGUAGCGAGGAUGAGGAUGUUGACGAGACUGUCGAUGAUAUGUUAGGCAAUUUUUCAUUGGUUGAUCAGAUCGUGGCCAAAGUAUCACGUGAGUAUGAAUGUGCCCCUCAGGAGACUCUCACAGACAGAUAUAAAAAUGGCGUACGACGUAUCGGUCAUUCUCAUUCCAUGUCUCCUUCAGAAGGAGGUAAGCUGCAUCGUCCAAUACGGAGACAGUAUUCUGAGAACGUCACCAGAACCAGAAUAUCUAAUUCCUUCCGUCAACAGGAAUCUGAUGAUGACGUACACGACUAUCCCAGACGAGUUAUAUUAACCAGACCGUUGUCGUUCGAUUAUCCAUCAUCAUCAUCAUCUUCGUCCCUAUCAUCGAAACCAUCUAAAAGGCGACAAAACUCUUUUUCUGAAAUGUUGAAAAAAUCUACAAACGCCUUUACUCACCAACGAAGAAAAUCAGAAAAUAAAGGUGAGCCUUUGAAAGAACAGAAUGUUGGAAAAUCUGGAGACGGCCAGACAACAACUAUUGUUUACAUGUAAACACGGAAAUACGCUUUGUUCAAGGCAUGUUUAUAUAUUAAAAAAACAGUAAUACAUAUAAUCAUGCUUUGUAACUUUAAUUCAUAACGAUUCAUUAGGAACUACAAACUGUUGACAAUUGAUAACCUUAUUAGAUGGGGUUGUUGCCACACCGUCGUUUCCACGAUCCUAUCUCUGUUACAAUAUUAUUACAGGUACUUACACUUUAUAUAUGUCUAACAUGUUUCUUACAUCUAUGUUUACUGCAAUGCAUAAUACCAUGGUCAAGGAGAGAAUGAUAAUUUUAAUGUAUAAUAUUUCUAUGCAAAUUUGUCAAUAUCAGCUAUCGAUUAACGAUCAAAACAGGAAAUUUAUGAUGAUGAUAAGUAUACGUAUCCUAAUGAAUUCUGUUUUUGUUAUGUCAAGAGAAAGAAAAAAAUGCUGUAAAUUAGAAUAUCAAUGGUUGUUAAUGCGAUUGUUGAUAUGAAGUUAAGAACAUCAGAUGUCCAACGUUAUCGUUUUGAGUUUGCAUCUUUUUCAUUUUUGUACUUCUGGUUUUGCGUCUCCAUAGUUACUCUGACGUGUUUUACUAUCAUCAUCAUCAUCAUCAUCAUCAUCAUCAUCAUCAUCAUCAUCAUCAUCCAUUACACGUCUUACUUAAGAGCUCGACAUUGCUGUGGGAGCUUACAAACAAUAUGAACAUAUAUACCAAUUGUAUUUAUGGGGAAAAUACUGUAAGUGCAAUAUAACUGGAAUUUUGUAUUUGUAUUAAACUGCUGUAAUGAAACAACU